AUGUUUUUAACAAUAUUUGCAGGUGCACAAGUUUUGGCAUGGUCUUUAAGAGAUUCAGGAUCUAAAAAACAUCUUACUGCACUAGUUACAAAAAAUACACUUUCAGAAUCCACUCUUAAGGCAUUAGAAGAAGUAUAUGAUGAAAUAAUAAGCGUAGAUCCUAUUUAUAGCAAAGAUAUAGACAAACUUUAUCUUAUGGGAAGACCAGACCUUCGUUCUUCUCUUACAAAAAUACAUGUUUGGAAUCAAGAAAAAUUUAAAAAAAUCAUAUAUUUAGAUGCAGAUACGAUCUGUUUAAGAAAUAUAGAUGAACUAUUUGAUCUAGAUACUGAUUUUGCAGCAGCUCCAGAUGUUGGUUGGCCAGACAUUUUCAAUAGUGGAGUAUUUGUUACUAAGCCGAAUAUUUCAGUUUAUAAUUCGCUUCUAAGUCUUUCAAAAAAUAACAUAUCAUUUGAUGGAGGAGAUCAAGGCCUUCUUAAUUUUUACUUUCCUAAUUGGAAACGAUUGCCUUUUACAUAUAACGUAGUACCAUCAACAUCUUAUCAAUAUUUUCCCGCAUAUUUUCAUUUUAGAUCCAAAAUAUCAGUUAUACAUUUUGCAGGGGUAAAAAAACCUUGGAUGCUAAAUGAAGAUAGAGUUAACUGUAAACCAUAUAAUGAAUUAAUUGAAAAAUGGUUUUCUAUAUACAGAAGUCACACAAAGUCUCAAGGAUUUCUUAAUGAUUUGUCUUUUGAAAGAAAAAUACAUUUAAAAACAGAAAAAACUAUUGAAGGUCAAAAAUCAGAAGAAACUAUCAAUAAAAACAACAUAUCCUAUGAACUAUUAACUCGAAAAAUUCCUUCUAUAUAUGCUAGAAUGGGAUUUGAUCAUAAACAACUAGACAAACAAGAUUUAUCUUCAAUUUUAUCUAAAACAACAUUUUUUUACAACUCUAAUUAUGAAAACCAACAGAAUAGAUUGUUCAACUCAAAUAAAUUACUAUUUAUACCACAACCUCCACUAUUAAUACCAAGUUAUCUAGAAGAAAUCGAAGAAUAUAAUAUAUAUAGAAAAGAAACAGAAGAAUUUAAUCCAUAUGAAAAUGAGGUUCUUCAAAUAAAAAAGAUACACCCGUUUCCUUGGAGAAAACAAAAAAACGAAGCUACUAGAAUAUUCAUAGAUGACGAUCAAGAAAAUAAGAUAGAUAUGUUAAAAUAUGAUAUAAAAAUAACGAAGAAAAAUGUAUUUUUACAAUACAAAGCAGACGAAAUGCCAAUUUCCGAACUUUGAAAAUUUAUACAACUUACCUAUACAUGCUACAUCUAGUAUCUCAAAAAU